GUCAAUUCUUUGUUGUUAUGAUACAAAAAACUCUGCAAUACUCGUUUUUUAACCUCUCACGCCCUUGCAAUUAACAAUUUUUGUUUGGAGGGCAGUGUUAUUUUCAACUUUUAAAUUUAUAUUUUUGUAACUACUAUUUCAGAUAAUGGAAGAUAAAAGAGAAUUUGGAGACUUGCAAUUAAGCCCCCCAAAAAGUCCCCCAACCGUAUCAACAAACCCAACUUCACCAACAGAAAAUCCCAUCACAUCAAACAAUUGUAAUAUUGUAAAAAAUCAUAAUAAAACAAAAAAAAAAAUGAUUCACAAAAAAUCGUUAGGGAAUAAUAGAUACAAUCCCUAUAUUCCUAGGAUUUUAGGAAAUGGAAAUAUUAUUCAUAUCCAUACUCAUCAUCAACCUGCCAAUUUCGGCAUUGUAAAUACCCCAAAAUCUAAAUGCUACCGGUGUGGAAUAGUGGGACAUAUAGCCCGGGAGUGUAAAAAUCCAAAACGAUGCUACACAUGUUUGAGAGAGGGGCAUUUGGCCGGCUCAUGUCCAUUUUAAUUUUCUUUACAUUUUAACAUAUUUUUUAUUUUAUAUCAUUUUAUAUUUUGUUUUUUAAAUUUUCAUUUAUUUAAUCUUAUGUUUUACAUAAUCACUGUAUCACUUUAUUGAUACAUCAUAUUCAUUUGGUUAAAAUGACAUUAUUCUUUUCAACAAAUAUAAUUAAAUAAAUAACUUAGAAUUAUCUUUAACAAACACAUAAUGUUUAAUUAUAUUACAUUACACACGUUUCAGUUAUAAAUAAAUUAUUUGUCAUGUAAAAAUCACUCUUUACCGAGAAAAAAUCAAUUUAUUAAUAGUCAUUAUUUUUUACUCUAUUAUUAUUAUUAAAUACAAAAUGUCAAUCCUAUUGUCAAGUGUAAACAACUAUAUUAACGUUGUAUAAAAUGUCAAAAUGAUUUGUCUACAUUUCUUAUGUAAUAAUUUUAUAUUUUAUUCUGUCUUAUCAAUAACAUUGUAAGAAUGAAUAUACAUAUUAUAAGAAUUGCAAAAAAUAAAAAAUAAUUCUACUUUCAAUUUCCUAUUAGUGUCAAUUGCCCACUUAUAUUGCUAUAUCGUAAAUCGUCGUAUAUGUUCACGGAAAUUAAUUUUUUAAGUCACUUGCCAACUUUGUUGGUCACUAAAUCUUAUACCAUUGAAAAGCCCACAAAAUUUGCUAUUAGAAAAACCUAAUUUUGCGGGGUACAAGUGAUGGGAACGUACCUCCCCAUGAAGUUUUAUACAAGAAUAUAUUCAUAUAUCGUAAAUCGUCGUAUAUGUUCACAGAAAUUAAUUUUUUAAGUCACUUGCCAACUUUGUUGGUCACUAAAUCUUAUACCAUUGAAAAGCCCACAAAAUUUGCUAUUAGAAAAACCUAAUUUUGCGGGGUACAAGUGAUGGGAACGUACCUCCCCAUGAAGUUUUAUACAAGAAUAUAUUCAUAUAUCGUAAAUCGUCGUAUAUGUUCACAGAAAUUAAUUUUUUAAGUCACUUGCCAACUUUGUUGGUCACUAAAUCUUAUACCAUUGAAAAGCCCACAAAAUUUGCUAUUAGAAAAACCUAAUUUCGCGGGGUACAAGUGAUGGGAACGUACCUCCCCAUGAAGUUUUAUACAAGAAUAUAUUCAUAUAUCGUAAAUCGUCGUAUAU